UGUGCUAAUCAACUUGUGAACACCCUCAUUCUUUACUUAUUCGUCUCAUUAGAUCUUGCACGCCAGUCAGGUCUCCAAGCAGCAGCCCGCGAACAGACUCGGAGGCAUGACGAAAUAUGGCAAGGACUUCUGGGACGCUGACACCAACCCCACAUCUUCUCCUGCGAGCCCAUCGUCUUCCCUUCAUUGGCGUAACUUGCUCAGUUCGCUGCCUUUCAGUAUUGGACAUGCAAAUGCGCCACAAUCAAUACCGCUCGAGCCCCGACGUUGGAAUUUCAACUUAUUUCCAAGAGGAAGUUCUAUAAGUACUGUUGAAGUAGCUGCCGGUCGCAAGAAAAAUCGAAUUUAUGUUUCCCCUCCCAGCGCAGCAGAAUUGGCCCGCGCAGAAGCGGCGGCAGCAGCAGCUGCUCAACGUACGAAUGGCAAUGAGGCUGGAAGUUUGACGCAAGUAGGUCAAACUCAGGCCGUGUCGGGGACACAGGUAUCUCAAGGACGCCCGGCGGAAAUGCAACCAGGUAUAUCUCUGGUUGUGCCGGGGACACAAGUGUCUCAAGGGCAGCCAACAGGAACGCAGGGCGCAGGUGGUGGGACGGAAGUUUCUUGUGAAGUUAGGUGUUGUGGAUUAUUUUUUAGUUGUGGUGGUCCUUCCUCGCAUCAGUGAUGAGGUCAUCUACAAACUGUUCGCUUCGAUGUUUUUCUGUUGAUUUUGA